CGAGGAAGCCCUAAAAUUUGACUAUCUUAAUUUAAGACCACCCUCGCCGUCGCAUCUCGCGAACACUAAUCAGAGAGAUACCGAUCCCAAUACAACCUGCGCUGUCUGUGCAGAGCGAGAAAUGGCGACUCUAGCUCCUAAACACUUGUUCUCUACAUCGUCAUUUUCUUCCCCUUCCUUACCUUCAACUUCAACGAAGCAUCUCUCUUUCCCAUUUUCUUCAGUUCCCAACAAGGCUGUUCAUUCACGUGGUAUUCGGAUUUCCGGUUCCAUCUCUAAUCCAAGCGGACCGAGCCCCAAAUCGGCACGCGUAUCUUCCGUGGCUGUCCCCACCACCACCGUUGAGUCGGAAACUUUUGCUUCCCGAUUUGCCCCCGACGAGCCCAGGAAAGGCGCUGAUAUACUCGUCGAAGCUCUUGAGCGCCAAGGCGUUACAGAUGUCUUCGCCUACCCCGGCGGCGCUUCCCUGGAGAUCCAUCAAGCGCUCACACGCUCCAAUAUCAUCCGUAACGUCCUUCCACGCCACGAGCAAGGCGGCGUUUUCGCUGCUGAGGGCUACGCGCGUUCCUCUGGCCUUCCCGGCGUCUGCAUCGCCACAUCCGGCCCCGGUGCCACCAAUCUGGUCAGUGGUCUUGCCGAUGCGCUGCUUGAUAGUGUACCUCUGGUCGCCAUAACAGGGCAGGUCCCUCGGAGGAUGAUCGGUACUGAUGCGUUCCAGGAGACGCCCAUUGUUGAGGUAACAAGAUCGAUCACGAAGCAUAAUUAUCUUGUUCUUGAUGUAGACGAUAUUCCUAGGAUUGUGAAUGAGGCGUUCUUCUUAGCUACUUCGGGGAGACCAGGUCCGAUAUUAAUCGACGUGCCAAAAGAUAUACAGCAACAGCUUGCGAUUCCUAAUUGGGACCAACCGGUUAAGCUGCCCGGCUACACGGCGAGGCUUCCCAAGUCGCCGGAUUGGAAUCUGUUGGAUCAGAUUGUGAGGUUGAUAUUGGACUCCAAGAAGCCGGUUCUGUAUGUUGGCGGUGGUUGUAUGAACUCAAGCGAGGAAUUGAGGCGAUUUGUGGAACUUACUGGAAUCCCUGUUGCAAGUACUUUGAUGGGUCUAGGAGUAUAUCCCAUUGCUGAUGAAUAUUCCCUCCAGAUGCUUGGAAUGCAUGGAACAGUGUACGCUAAUUAUGCCAUUGAUAAAAGUGAUCUGUUGCUCGCAUUUGGGGUAAGGUUUGAUGAUCGUGUUACAGGAAAGCUUGAAGCCUUCGCUAGUCGAGCUAAAAUAGUUCACAUUGACAUUGAUUCAGCUGAGAUUGGGAAAAACAAGCAGCCCCAUGUGUCGGUUUGUGCAGAUUUGAAGCUGGCUCUGAAGGCCAUUAAUCAGAUUCUAGAGAGCAAAGGAAUCAAGGAUAAAGUUGAUUUUCAAGCCUGGAGAGAAGAGUUAAGCGAGCAAAAACUCAAAUUCCCACUGAGUUACAAGACAUUUGAGAAAGAUAUCUCUCCUCAGUAUGCCAUUCAGGUACUGGAUGAACUGACAAAUGGAGAGGCAAUAGUAAGUACUGGUGUAGGACAGCACCAGAUGUGGGCAGCACAGUUUUACAAAUACAAGAGACCUAGACAAUGGUUAACAUCCGGGGGUCUUGGAGCGAUGGGUUUUGGAUUGCCUGCUGCAAUUGGUGCUGCUGUGGCUAACCCAAACGCGCUUGUAGUGGACAUUGAUGGUGAUGGAAGUUUCAUAAUGAACGUUCAAGAACUGGCCACUAUAAAGGUGGAGAAUCUCCCAAUUAAGAUACUGUUGUUGAAUAAUCAACACUUGGGUAUGGUUGUUCAGUGGGAGGAUCGAUUUUAUAAAUCUAAUAGAGCCCACACAUAUCUGGGAGACCCAUCUAAGGAGGCUGAGAUCUUCCCAAACAUGUUGAAGUUUGCUGAAGCUUGUGGCAUACCAGCAGCUAGAGUGACCAAGAAAGAUGACCUUAGAGCAGCAAUUCAGAAAAUGUUGGAAACUCCUGGUCCCUAUCUUCUUGAUGUCAUUGUACCUCAUCAAGAGCAUGUCUUGCCCAUGAUUCCAAGUAAUGGAACCUUCAAUGAUGUGAUAACGGAUGGUGAUGGCAGAACAUCUAAGUAAUUUACUGAACCAUAUAUAGGUAUUUUGAUGUGUUUUGUGGGUUUUUUUCUUUUUGGGGUGAUAUCUUAGUACCUUUCCUAGAAAAAUAUGAUAUACAUUGUAUUAUAAAUUUUGGCAAUAGAUACUUGGAGUUUCAGUAGUAUUCUGCCGAUAUCUCGAUUGGCACCCUUUUAAUGUUAAGGUCGGUGUCACUCUGCUAAUAUUGCUGUUGGCAUUGUUCUUUUGGUUAA